AUUCGUGUUACAAAAUUCCCAACAGAUUAUCUGUCAAAUGACAGGGCCAUAAAAACAACAGAAUACAGUUUCCUAUAGUUUGGCAAACAUUAUCAAUGGCUACGAUAGAUAAAGUUAAAAUUAUUGUUGUCGGUGAUUCUGGUGUUGGAAAAACAUCAUUGACAAAUAUAAUAUGUCAACAACAGCCUAUUAGUAAUCCUUCAUGGACCAUAGGUUGUUCUGUAGAAGUUAAAUUACAUGAAUAUAAAGAAGGAACACCUAAUCAGAAAAGAUAUUUUAUCGAAUUAUGGGACAUUGGUGGAAGUCAAAGUCAUAAAAAUACAAGAUCUGUUUUCUAUAAUCCCACUAAUGGUAUAAUAUUGGUCCAUGACUUAACAAACAGAAAGUCACAGCAGAAUCUUCAAAAGUGGCUUGAAGAAGUUUUGUGUAAAGAUAGUAAUUACACAAAAUCAAAACCUUUUGAUGAUUUUGAUCCUGAAAAAUUUGUAGGAUCUACUCAGAUACCAAUUCUAGUUGUUGGUACAAAAUUAGACCUAAUUGCAGAAGUAAGAUCAAAUAUCCAUAGACGUUCCUCGACUAUUGCAGAAGAAUGUGGCGCUGAUGAGAUUUUUUUGGACUGUCGUCAAAUGAGAUCAUUAGCUGCUGGUUCUAGCUCAUCUGUCAAAUUAAGCAGAUUUUUUGAUAAAGUUAUUGAAAGGCGUUAUUAUUCGUCAAGAGAAGGCAUUAGUCCUGAUAAACGAAGGCUACCAAUGUACACUCCAUACAGUGCAAAAGUUUAUCACAAUGACUGA